ACGUGACGUGGAUGCCCAUUGUUCGAGCAACAGGAUUAGCUGAAAUGUUAGACUUUGUGGUGAUAUUCACAAAGGGCGGCGUAGUACUUUGGAACUCACAAACCUCUGGAAUCAACUUCUCGUCAUGCAUAAACAGCCUCAUACGUGGCGUGAUUCUGGAGGAGCGAAACACAGACUCCAAAUACUUUGAGGAGGAUCAACUGGCGGUGCAGUUUAAGCUGGACAAUGAGCUGGAUCUGGUAUAUGCGGCUGUCUUUCAGAAGGUCAUCAAACUCAGUUACUUGGAUGCCUUUCUUGCCGACAUGCAGUUCGCCUUUAAGGAGAAGUUCGGCGGUACACCGACCCUGGAGCGCCUGGGCAGUGAAUACGAUUUUGAAGGCGAGUUCCGUAGCGUGCUCACCGCGGCCGAAGAAGCAUCCUCGAAACAGGUGAAGGCCCCCAAGGCUAUGCGCUCCUACAAUGAGUCGCAAAAAUCGAAGAAAACCGUCGCAUCCAUGAUACAGGAUGACAAAAAGCCUGUCGAGAAGCGUGUCAACAUACAGGAGAGCCCGACGCAGCCCAAAUCUCGGCCCUCAUCAUCACCACUCACAACGGACGACAUUAUACAAGAAAACCGUCGAAAGUUGCGCGAAAAACUUACGCCCACCAAGAAGUCGGCCGAUACAAAGUUAAGCGUUCCUGUCAAGCAGGGAGCCACCGAGAAGGCCGGAAAGAAGCCAAGAGUAUGGGAUCUUGGCGGCAACUCCAAAGAUGCCGUCCUUCUCGAUCGUUCAAAGGACUCGCCCGAGGAUGUUCAGUACCAGAGCGUCAACAACGAGCUGGUGGGUACCAUGCAUGGCGUGAUCCCAGACCUGGAUGUGGAGGACGAGGAAGAUGUAGAUAGUGCGGAGGACUCUAGCGAGGAGGACGAUAUGAACAGCCAUUCACUAGCGCCAAAGAAGGACAGGCGCGGAGGUGGUUUGCUGUCCUAUUUCAGGGGAAUCGUUGGCGGAAAGACCAUAGUGCUGGCCGAUCUGAAACCGGCGCUGGAGAAGAUGCGCGAUCAUUUGAUAUCGAAGAACGUGGCCUCCGAGAUAGCGGUCAAGCUGUGCGAGUCAGUGGCCACCAGCCUCGAGGGCAAGCAGAUGGGGACCUUCGACAGCAUUGCCAGCCUGGUGAGAGAGGCACUGACGCAGUCGCUUGUCCGCAUUCUGUCGCCCAAGCGGCGAAUCGACAUCAUACGGGAUGCCCUGGAGUCCAAUCGUGGCGGCAAGCCGUACACAAUCAUCUUCUGCGGGGUGAACGGUGUGGGCAAGUCGACGAAUCUAGCUAAGAUCUGCUUCUGGCUGAUUGAGAAUGACUUUAACGUGCUAAUUGCUGCCUGCGACACCUUCCGCGCCGGAGCCGUCGAGCAACUGCGCACCCACACACGCCAUCUGAAUGCCCUGCAUCCGGCGGCCAACCACAACAACCGCACUAUGGUCCAACUGUAUGAGAAGGGUUACGGCAAGGACGCCGCCGGCAUUGCCUUGGAGGCCAUCAAGUUUGCGCACGACACAAAGGUGGACGUAGUCCUGGUGGACACAGCUGGGCGCAUGCAGGACAACGAGCCCCUCAUGCGCUCCCUCUCCAAGCUGAUCAAGGUGAAUAAUCCUGAUUUGGUGCUCUUCGUGGGCGAGGCUCUCGUUGGCAAUGAAGCUGUCGAUCAGCUGGUCAAGUUUAACCAGUCCCUCGCCGACUACUCCUCUAACGAAACACCUCACAUAAUCGACGGGAUUGUUCUCACAAAAUUCGACACCAUCGACGACAAAGUGGGCGCCGCCAUUUCCAUGACGUACAUCACUGGUCAGCCCAUCGUCUUUGUCGGCACCGGCCAGACCUAUGCGGACCUUAAAGCCAUCAAUGUGAAUGCCGUCGUCAACUCGUUAAUGAAGUAAAUUAAAUGAAUCAAUGGCAGAAUGAAACCGCACCGUACCUAUGUGAAGCAAUCUAUCUGAUUGAAAGAUCUGCUUUCUAAAUGUCCACCUACCUACAUACUGUUGCUCUGCUCUGCUUAGUUAUUCUUUAUCUGUAUCACUUUGUUUAGACCACUUUAAAUAAAAGUCCUGCGUCCUUAUCCAUGUUGUAUAAA